GAUUUUGAUACACUGUAUAAGUAACGUGAUAAAUAUAAAGUGAUUAGAAUGGAUCUCAAUAAGAAUUCCGAAGAGGAAAAAUUGACAAAAAAAAAGAGGAAUGUAUAAAAAAUAUUGUUAUAUGGAUAAUGUUUCACAUAUACCAUCAAGGACAAAACAGUAUUGGGCAGCGAAAAAAAAAAAAGAAAAGAGCAUCGAUGACAAUAACCUCCAAUAUGAAACUCCAAAUUCUAGUGGAUCUCAAAAUAUUGAGUCGCAAAGUCUUUUUCAAAAAAGUUUGAUUGAAGAAACAAAACAAAAUGAUAGUUUGUGUUUCAACGAUGCGAACAAAUCGAUUUCUUGCGUAAGCGACAGCAAAAAUCCUGAGAAAUCGACUGAAAUAAAUUCUUUACAAAUUUGUAAUUUGGUUGAAGUGCAGAAUUCAUCUGAUAAUUUAAAUUCACCGCUUUGUUCUUCUACCGAACCAAGAGAUAAUACUAAAACACUUCAAAAAAAUGUAUUUUCUAUUGACGAUUCGAUAGCGGCAUUAAUUUUUUUAACUAUUAAAUUACGUCAUAACUUAACAUAUGUUGCUACUCAAGACUUUGUUCGUGGUAUGUCAGUUUUGAAUGAUUCAACAGUAGUUAAAGCAACUAAAUAUCAUUGGAAAAAAAUUGUGGAUAGUUUUUCUGACCCCAUAACUAUUCAUCACCUUUGUCCAACCUGUGGGUCUUACUUAGGAGAGCAAAAAUAUGUAAAUUAUGGUCAAUUAAAUUUAACCAAAGAAGUCUCAAGCCGAAUCGAUAAUAACAGCACGGAAGAGAACAUUGAAACAUUCCAUUGCAAUAAUUGUAAUAAAGACAUUAACAUCGAAUCUAAUUAUCAAUCUGGGAAUAUAUUCUUCUAUUUUUCAUUAGGUUACCAGCUCAAAGAAUUAUUUGAAAAUUCAACUUUUCACAAAGAUUUAAAACAUCCUCUAGAAAAAAAAAAAUAAGUACGCAUUUGAAGACAUUAUUGAUGGUAAUUUGUAUAAAAAAAUUGUAGACUGCGAUAUGAUAAGUAUUACAUUUAACACAGACGGUGUCCCUGUGUUUGAUAGUUCUAACUGUACUGCAUAUCCAAUACUAUGUUCAAUUAAUGAGUUACAUCCGUUAAAACGCAAAAAAAAGUCCUUCUUG